AUAAAUUUUCUGUGAUAAGUAUGUCAAAUAUAAAACAAAGAAAAGAAUAAUUUAAAAUAGUUCAAAAACUGCGCGUCAUGAAAUAUGACGAGUGCGCAUGCGUGAAUACUUGACAAGGUAGUGUUUUUUUACGAGCAAUAACAUUACACAGAUUGGAUAUGGCUCGUCGUCAGUCGUAUGUGUUACAAUUUAAUCUAAAGAGAGAUAAAUAGCUAGAUAUAUUGUCGGGUAAGGUUUGAAUAAUUUCUAUAAUCUUAAAAGUUUACAUUUUUCAUUGGUCGAGAGUAUUCCAAAAAUAAUUCUAAACAUAAUGUUGCGCGUAAAUAUUGUGAGUGUUAUUAGAAAAUAAUUAGCGAUGCAAUGUAUCAAGCGUUUAUCAACGGAUACCGUUUGGUCGAGGUAUCGCAUGGCAGGUCCUAUUAUGUUUAUUGUAUCGAAUUAUUCGAAACGGACAGUGGCACUCGAUAUUUCAGCGAGAGAAGGUAUAGCGAAUUUAGCUCGUUACAUCGUACGCUGAAAAAGGAUAACACGAAUAUUGCUCCAUUUCCACCAAAAAGAGUAAGGAACUCUCAGCCAAAAGUGCUCGAACAUAGACGUGAAGCAUUAGAGGUGUACAUACAGAAAAUGUUGAAACUUCCAGUUGCAAAACAACAGGUGCUUAAUUUUUUAGGUAUCGAAGGUCGUUCAUCGAAUUCAUCAGACAAAAAAGGACAAAAGCAAAUUAAUGAUUUGGGACAUGUUCAUCCGAGUUCAUUGGGACAUCAUCCAGUAUUAACUUUUCAUCGUGAUCCAUACGUUCAAGUUAAUAAGAAUACAAAUCUACCUGAUAUAGUAACCAAUGGUGUUCUAUUAGGGUUGUACAAAUCCUAAACAUAUAUAUAUAUAUAUUUUUUUUUUUGAAUUAAUUCUAAUCGAGGAAGUUGUUUGCAUUUUCCAAAACUAAUGGAAAAAAAAAGAAAUUAUGAGGAUAUAUUAAUUAUUAAUGAAUAGGAAGGAUCUCGUGAUAUAUAUAAAUAUAUAUACGCAUAUAUAUAUAUAUUUUAAAUAUCUUUGAACUAAACUUUGAUAUGAACAAAAUGUAGCUUAUUAAAAUAUGCCUUAGAGUGCAUACAAAAUAUAUAUAAGCGUAUAUAAAAUAUACGCUUCUAUGAAGCAUGUUAAUACAAAAAAGAGGGGGGGAAAAAGAUAAGAAAUUUUUGAGAUACUUAUAUUGAUAAUCCAAAAUGUAAUUGAAAUAGUAUAUAUAUAUAUAUAUACUAAAGUUAUUUUAAAGAAGAAAAAAAAAAACAAUAAAACAUUUUGUACAAUCGCCGUUGUGGCUGUGAAAAUGUUAAAAAAAUAUAUUUUCUUGAAUACGUGAA